AUGUCUCAUCUUUCAAAAGAUAUCUUGAGAGUCGUGAAGCAGCUCUGGAAAGGCGCGAAAGGCAAGGGGGCUCUCAUGAAACAGGCCGACCUGGCCAAAGAGGAUAAGAUUGUGCCACGCGAGGAGAAUCAAGAACGCGGGCGAAACGACUUUCUGAUGGCUUGGAAGCGUACUGUAUUCGCUCCUUCGGUUGCCGAGUUUGAAGAUGCACCGGUGAGUGCCACUUAUCGAAAUUAUGGUGUCGACAUCCCAACCCCAAAGGGAGGCUUUCAGUCCAAAGCGCGAAGUUAUUUCCAGACCCCAGUCCCCAAUCUUCUCACUUUGGCUCAGGAGGCAUCGGAACAACGCGAGUAUAUGACCCAUGAAUACGCCGCGAGAGCAGCAAUGGAGGGGAAUCGUCACAAAACGAAGAUCUGGGCUGGUGAGUUUCUCCGAGACAUUCAGGACUUCGUCUCGGAAAAGGGAAUCGAUAUGGCCUAUGAGCAGUAUUGUCUGGCGAUUGACCGCACGUCAGGCGCACCCGUGGUCACUGCACGGGAGCGGCUCUCCCAUGAAGUCUUCGAUGCCUUUUGGUAUGGCCAUAGAUCAAUUCUGAUGUUGCACAAGAUCGAGCAAACAGUGGACUACAGACCCAGCCUACGCCCUCACCCACGUCGCGCAGCUCCUCGAGAUCACCUGGGAGACCUACCCCCGAACCAUCCAAUCGACCUCAACCCAGGCAGACUUGGAAUAGGCCCCAGCCUGCUGGUUCUCACUGGAUGGAGCCUAUUGACCUUACUUCCCCGCCACGUCAUGUUCAGCGGAGAGAGCCAUCGACUGGGCUACAGACAGCCAUAA